AUGAAAGGGAUAAAAGCUAUUGCUGCUACCGUCAGUUUCCUCAACUCGCCACUCGCCAUCCGAGUCAUCACUAUUCGCUCAUUCGAACUCACUCACAACCAGGUUUCUCACUUUUCUCCCUAUACUUUACAACCCCUUUUGAGUCCGUUUCCGUUUCACGAUUUACGGCUUCACCAAAAACGCUGUUUUUCUUCGAAGCCGAAUUCCGUUGUAGAGCUUGUUUUGACCAACGUUUGGUCUCAAGGGUUAGAGCAUGAGUUAGAAAAAUGUUACCCAUCUUUGACCCAUGAAACUGUUGUUUACAUUUUGAAGCAAUUGGAAAAGGACCCACAAAAAGCUUCUUGCUUUUUCAAUUGGGUCAUUAGGAAAAAAUGGUUUAAGGCAAGUUCUUCAGUUUGUAACUUAAUCGUUAGUAUUUUAGGGAAUAAGGCGACAAUUGAUGAAUUUUGGAUUAGUCUAAGGAUGAUGAAGAAAAAGGGGUUUUGUAUUGAUCGAGUGAUAUAUGUGUCGAUUUUAGAUAGUUUUAGUAGGGAAAAUAUGUACAAGGAUUCGCUUCGUCUUCAACGCUUCUUUAAGAUGAUGCUUCAGGAAAAAGCUAGAGGAAUUGUUUUCAACAAGGUGGUUGGUGUCAUUUUAGGAUCUGAGUGGGGUGAUGAGGUUAUGAAUGAACUUGCAGAGCUUGAAAUUCGACUUUCGGAUAGUUUUGUAACAAGGGUUUUGAAAGAGCUUCAAAAUUGUCCUUUAAAGGCUUAUAAGUUCUUUCAUUGGGUUGGGAGUCAAUCUGUUUAUGAACACAAUACAGUGACUUAUAAUGCAGUUGCAAGAGUUCUUGCUAGGCCUGGCUCAAUUAAGGAGUUUUGGAGUAUUCUUGAGGAGAUGAAGAGUGUCCGUUAUCAAUUGGAUAUUGAUACUUAUACAACGAUAACAAUGCAGCUUGUAAAGAAUCAGAUGAUAGAGAAUGCUGUCGAGCUUUAUGAGCUUAUGAUGGAUGGUUCAUAUAAGCCGUCAACUCACGAUUGCUGUGUCCUUUUAAACGCCAUCAGUACAAGCGAUUUUCCAAAUUCUGAUCUAGCUUUCAGGGUAGCCAAAAAAUAUGAAUCCGUAGGGCAUACUCUCACCAAGGAAAUCUAUGACGGAAUCCACAGGUCUUUGACAAGUGCUGGGAAAUUUGAUGAAGCUGAAAAAAUUGUUAAGACUAUGAGUAAUGCUGGCUUUGAACCCGAUAGCGUCACCUACAGUCAAGUGGUUUUUGGACUUUGUAAGAUGAAGAGGCUUGAAGAAGCACACAAGGUGCUAGAGGAUAUGGAAUGUUGUGGCUGCAUCCCUGAUAGCAAUACUUGGUCCAUCUUGAUUCAAGGGUAUUGUGCCGCCAACGAAGUAGAUAAGGCAUUACAUUGUUUACUUAAGAUGAUUGAAAAGGGCUGCAACGCAGAUGCUGGGGCAAUAAGCGUUCUGGUUGAUAGUUGGCUUAGUCAAGAAAAAAUAGACGACGCGUACAAGUUUCUCGCAGAGAUGGUUAGAAAUUGUGAUGCAUCUCCUAGGCAACCUACAUAUGAGAAAGUGAUUGAAAACCUGUUAGGAAUUGGUAAAUUGGAGGAGGCACUUGUCCUUUUAUGUUUGAUGUGGAAACACAAGUACACUCCAUUCACCAAACCCAUUGUGCAGUUUAUUUCAAAGUCUGGGACCGUGGAGGAUGCCGAGAAAUUCUUGAAGGCAUGGAGAAAGGGAAAUCCUGUGUCUCAUUCAGCCUAUCUUCAUGUUUUUGAAUCUUUCAUCAGAGAAGGUAAACUCUCUGAGGCCAAAGAUCUAUUAUCCAAGUGUCCUUCCCGUAUAAGGAGACGUAGACAAGUCGUAGAAUUUUUUGAUUCAGUGGAGAAUCGGAAUGCUGCUUCUGUUCCCGCCACUUGA